ACAGUUGUCUGCUGACCACAAAAUAUACUCUAGUUGUGUUUAUAAACAGACGUGUACAUCAUUUGCUGCAAACAUGUCGACACGAAUCCCCCUUCUUUUUGGCACCAUGACCAUGGGUUAUGCAGGGAAAGACGGUGUGCGCAACUCGGACGAGAAAACCUGCCAAGAAAUCAUCGACGUCUUCUUUAAACAUGGCCACACAGAGCUAGACACUGCUCGAAUGUAUGGCGAAGGGACAACACAAGAGAUACUGGCAAAGCUUGACUUUAAAAAUGCAACAGUUGACACGAAGGUUCAUCCACACAAACUUGGAGGACACGCACCAGCAGAUUUAAGAGCAGCUUUUGAAAUUUCUCUGCAAGACCUAAAGCGUGAUAAGGUUAGAGUAUUCUAUUUGCACGCGCCAGAACGUAAGGUGCCUUUCGAAGACACCGUGAGGGAAGUCAACAAGCUGUACCAAGAAGGUCGAUUUGAGAUCUUCGGCCUCAGUAAUUACGCAGCUUGGGAGGUUGCUGAAAUAGUAGGCAUUUGUAAAGCAAAUGGUUGGGUACAACCCAAGAUUUACCAAGUGAUGUACAAUGCAAUUACACGUGAGAUGGAAACAGAACUUUUACCUUGCUGCCGCAAGUUUGGCCUGAGAAUAGUAAUUUAUAACCCUCUGGCCGGAGGUCUAUUCGCUGGAAAAGUCAUGUCAGUAGAAGAGUCAGCACCUGAAGGUGGUAGGUUCGAUCCCUCGACAGUUCAGGGCGCCAUGUAUCGCGAUUUCAAGGCACUGGAGAUGUUAAAAGAGGUUGCCGAUAAAUACAACCUCCGUCUGACAGAGAUCGCGCUACGGUGGUGCCAGCAUCACGGAGCCCUUGAAACUACUGAUGGUAUCAUUUUGGGAGCAAGCAGCGCCAUGCAAAUUGAACAAAACUGUGCAGAUAGUGAGAAAGGGCCAUUGCCUGAAGAGGUCGUACAUGCGCUUGAUGAGGCCAACCGGAUUGUGAAAGCACAUGGAAGUACACCUGCUUAUUGGCGGUAAUAUUUCUCCGUUGAUGUACUAGUAUCCAUGUCUCGUAAAAGCAGCAACGUCGCAUUGUCGUGGAAUUAAGACUUAUUGAGGAUAUCA